UAAUCAUGCAUUCCUCAGCUUGAAAAAGUGAGGAAAUCCGCUGAAGAUCCAAUGUUUAGGCAUGCUUAUUUUUGGCUCGAUGCCCAUUGAAUGUGUUCGGAAGACGAGAUUCUCUCAACGAGUCUGAAUUGCCUCGACGAUGGACGUAUUUAAUUCAGUUCGUUUCUCGCUCUGGCCAGUCGCGAAUAUUAUUUUUAGGCCCAUUUUGCGCCAGUGACUUUUCCACCCUGGUGCAAAGAUGGAAGAUUUUGAUCCCGGUUACACGAAAAAGUGCAGCACAAUCACAGUUUUCUCCCUGGAACGCGGAUUCUUUCGGGAGUUCCAUGAGAGUGUGCGAGAAUCUUGCGGAGAAGAGUGGAUUGAGUGUGAUUUUGCGAAGACCGAAGGUGGAAAAGCAAAAUUGAAGAAACUGCUGGAUGACGAUGCGAGUGCGGGCCCGAUUCUGGGCACACUGGAGCACGUGACGCCCAUUUUCAAGGAGAAGGACUUCUCUCAAGCGCUGAAGAAGCGUUUUGAGGGCGACAGGAAGUUAUUAGAGAGUAAUUUCCAAGCCGCUAGAAUUCUCUUCAGUCAGGCUAUAAUUAAGGCGCCUUAUGGAGAUUCGGAGAAUGAACGGAAGUUCCUUGCUGAGACGCUGUGGAAGCGUUCAGAAGCUCUCAUUGGACUGGAGGAGGGCGAGAAGGCGCUCCAGGACAUGAAGUAUGCCACAGAAAUGGGAUUGCAAGUGAAGCAAUCUCCUGAGUACUUCUGGAGGAUGGCCAAAUGCUACAUACAGACUAAGGACUUCAAGAAGGCCAGAGUAUCGCUGGCACUGGCGGAAAAACUCAUGGGAAGUGAUCAAAUUAUACAGGAGAAAGUAACAAAAGACAAGGAAGAAUUAGAAAUGCUGCAAAAUUUGAAAACUCUCCAGAAGAAGGACAUUCUGGAUGACUUGAGUGGCAAGAAAUCUGGUCAGACUCUCAAUGGUCCCUCUGAUAAGUUAGAAAUCGCCUCUAGUCCAUCGAAGGGAAACUUCUUUGCAGCAUCAAAGAACAUCAAUCCAGGAGAGGAUGUAAUCUGUGAAAUUCCCGCUGCCUCAUGCUUGCUGCCUGAAUUCUUCGGCAGUCACUGUUUGAAUUGCCAGCAACGUCUGGUAGCACCCAUAAGUUGUCCUGAUUGCUGCUCCGUCGCAUUUUGCUCGCAAGAGUGCCAAAAGAUUGCCUGUUCGUCGUAUCAUCGCUUCGAGUGUCGCUUUCUGGAUCUUCUCAUUGGAUCUGGGAUGUCAAUCCUCAGCUUCAUCGCUCUCAGAUUGAUCACUCAAUCUGGAUCGUAUGAGAAAGCCGUGGAGAAUGUCCAGAGUCUCCUCGACAGUUUCUGCAGACACAGCGAGAUGCGUUCUGGAGAUGAUUAUCUCCAGCGCUGCCUCAUGUCCAUCUUCUUGAUGAGAAUUCUGCAAAAGAGUGGCUUCUUUGGCCGAAGGACUACUGAAAGCGUCGAACCCACGCCCAAGGAACUCCACGUAACGGAACUGAUCCUCAAACUCCUCGAAGGAUUGCAAUUUAAUGCCCAUGAAAUCUACGAGACUCUCUUGGGUGCCCAGCAUGCAGUUAUCGGAUCAAAGAUUAUUUACAUUGGCGUUGGGAUUUACCGAAAAGCCUCUCUCUUCAACCAUGACUGCUUUCCUGCCGUGGCGAGAUAUUUCUCAGGCAACCGUCUUAUCCUCACUGCCCUGAGGCCCAUCCCAACCGGCAGUCCAGUGACUGAAAACUAUGGGCCCGUGUUCACUAAGCAGGAUACCCGGCAGAGACAGAGAAAUCUCAGAUCUCGCUACUGGUUCCACUGUGAUUGCCUCUGUUGUCAAGAGAAUUGGCCGAAGCUUGAGGAUCUAACCAAUAAAUCCCGAAUUCGUUGUUCCAGCUUCCAGUGUGCCAAAGUUUUUCCCUUCCCGGAUCAUCCUGAGCGAAAAAUUAAGUGUCCUCAAUGCAAAUCUCACGUAUCUCUGCUGGACAACGUGGUGAAGCUGAAGGAGGCAGAAGAUCUGUACAGAAAGGCAGCGGAAGCGAUGGAUCGAAAUGAGAUCUCAUCGGCUAUUGAUCUUUUCGAAGAGGGUAUCCAGACCUUCUUCUCAGUGGCUCUACCUCCUCACAAAGAUACCCACGUGGCUAUGGAGUCCCUGAGAGUUUGUUAUGCAUUGCUUGGAAACACUUUCAUGAAGUAAAAUUUCUUAUGAAAACAAUAAAUAAAGACUUAUGAGUGUGAAAAGUUCGAUCAUGGAA